AUUAUCGCGAAGUCUGCUGAGUCUUUCUUUGUUAAAAGAUAGAUGGUCACAAGGCAACAAUUCUAUUUUUUUUAAAUAAUAAAAGAAUGAGAAGCCCCUUGUCGAUGAUUGUGGCCUUUUCGAGUUUAUGGUUCGUAUCGGUAACAGCAACGCCCGUCCCACAAAAUUUAGACAAUGAUUUUCAGAUACAGUCCAGCACAAAUUUUAUAACUGGAAUGCCAUUGACUGAAGAAAUGAAAGGAAAUUUUAACGAAAUAGGAAAAGAAUUGAUCACACAGUCUUUCCCAUGGGAUAAACAGGAUCCUACACUGUACGAAGGUGACAUUAAGCAUUUUGGGGACAAAAAUGCUAUCUUGAGCAAUAGCUAUCGCUGGCCGAAUGCAAAGAUCCCCUAUGAAAUUUCAAAUGCCUACACUCCCGACCAGCGAACAGUUAUCGCAUUUGCUAUGAACGAAUACCACAAAUAUACGUGCAUCCAGUUAGUUCCUCGAACUAGCGAAACAAAUUAUAUAAGAAUUCUUAAAAGUGGAACUGGAUGUAAUAGCUGGAUUGGUAUGAUCAAUAGAGGCGCUCAAGAUUUAAGUCUCGAUGAUGGAUGCGUCUCAAAAGAUUAUCCAGGUAUCGUCCUCCACGAACUGAUGCACGCCGCUGGAUUCUUCCAUGAACACACUCGCCCAGAUCGUGACUCGUUCGUGAGAAUAGAUUUUAACAAUAUUAUUUUAAAACAUCAAUUUAACUUCAACAAAACCACUGCUUCGGAAGUGACUACGCUCGGUCUCCCCUACGAUUACGAUUCUGUAAUGCAUUACGGAAAGAAUGCUUUUGCAAUUGACACGACCAGACCAACAAUUAUUCCUAUCCCUAAUGAAAACAGAAACCUAGGGAGUGAUGUAAAGUUUACUUGGCUGGAUCUUCUCAAACUGAACACACUGUAUUGUUCCCAGAUCGGCUAAAUCUGAAAAAUCGGCAAAGUCACAAUUCACUGUGCAUUACUUUCGAUCCAUUAUUUUUUUCAGUGUGCUUUGACAGCAUACAGCAGUAAUGCAUUUUUAUACAUAAGCAAAAAAUACAGAGCACAAUUUUAAUACAGAGCAAAAAUUAAA